AUUAUUCUGAGAAUGGUGGAGACAUUGGAAGUGCAAGUAAGAAACAUGUUGGGAAGAUGCACAAUGCAUUUGAGAUAGGCUGACCAUCACGCUGUCCCCAGGCAUAUUUAUUUCUCCCCCUCCAGUGCACCUGUAUUAUCAGUGAUGCAAUUCCAGCAAAGUCUGUGAGCUUGGAUCAUCAGCUUUACUCCGGAGUGAUACAAGGAAGACAGCAGUGUGAUAAAACAAUGUAGUAGGACGUGUUCAUUAUGAAGACAACAGAAUUAAAUGUAGGAAAAGCAGUUCUUGUUUGCUGUAACCUUGUUUUUCUGCUGUCUGGUCUCGCUCUAGUAGUGCUGGGAGCGGUUCUGCUGACUGACGUCCCCCGUGUCCUGCUGUCCCGUCUGCUGGGCUCUCACCACGUGCCAGCUCACCCACUGUUCUACUACACAGCUCUUGGACUGAUGGGCACGGGUCUGCUGAUCUGUGCUACUGGUGUUCUUGGUUUCUGGGCCACUUGUCUUCAUAGCCACUGUCUUCUUGCUUUGUUUCUGUUUUUCUUGGUCGUGCUGCUGCUUGCUGAGAGCUCUUUGGGAGUGCUGGCGGUUGUCUGCCCUGAGUAUCUGGGAGCCACUGUUAGCGUGAAACAGCUGACGCAGUCGCUUCAGAGAACGUACGGUGUUCCAGGGAAGGAGCAGUUCACUGCUGCCGUUGAUCUUGCACAGACAAUUUUUCAGUGUUGCGGGAUCAUCGGAGCAAUAGACUAUGAUGUGUCAUGGUGGCGACUGAGGGAGCUUGGGCAGCCUGACUUAUUUUUACCACGAUCAUGCUGCCUACUCAUUAAUCCGCCCAGUGACUCUAAAGCAUUUCUAGAUCCGCAUCCCCUGAAUAUGUCAGCAUGCCAGUCUCUUGAUCAGGGCCUGUAUCGGAUGGCACGCCAUACGGAGGGAUGUUUUGCGCAGUUGGAGAUGUGGUUUAGAUACCACACGACCCUGUUUCUUGCCAUUGGAUCUGGUCUUGUGCUGGUAGAAUUGUCUGUGCUACUGAGUGCAAUCUUCUUAUGCUCGAAACUUCCGAAAUACCGGCGUUACACUUCAGAGUCACGUGACCCUGGAUUGAAGUCAACAUGAAGGUGGCUUUUGCCAGAGUGUGGAUCGGAGUGGCAGGUUAGAACGGAGGGUGUAAGGGACCAGCAGAGAGUGCAUAACAGAAACACGUCAGACUAUAGUUCUGGGAUGUACCGUGAUGUAGGUGCUUGCAUAAAUUCAAGUGAAAGAAAUAGUGCAGGUAAAGGGAGAUUUGCAAAUGCCAUUCCACUAAGGACAGAUACUUGCAGUUCAAGCUUCAGGACAGAACCAGGAAGAGCAAUGACUCAGACUCUUGCAGGAACUGUUUGUCGAAGCCCGUUCAGUCGAAGUGGUACGUAUACACUCAGAUGCAAUCUGAAUCCUUUGGCACUGGAUGCUGACGUGUUAAAUAAACGGAAGUGUAUCUAUGAGAAGAACAUAUCCACACAUCCUGGCACAGCCAAGUCUGCAUCUUUGCAGAGCAGAUUCAGUGCUGUUGAGGAACAUCCUGAAGUAGGCGAGGGAUCGGACAGUAUGAAUAGCAUGAUGUGGUGAGUAACGCUGUCAUCCGCCUGGUGCCCUUGGCACACAGCAGAUCAAGAAAUCGUACAGACUAUGAAUGGAAAAAUAUAGUAGUAUGUAAUUAUUUCAUAUAUUUGUGGUACAGUGUACAAGCUUCUGCUAUUAUUUUUAUUUAUGCACAUAAACUAUUGUAGUGAUUUUUAUACUUUCCAGUUUGCCAAACACAUUACACAGUGUAUGUAGAGACACAUACUUAAUAAUGGUCUUGCAGGCAAGGGAGUGAGGUAUAAAGGUCUCAGCUGUUGGCCAUAGCACAGUUGGAAGAAGGAUCAAUAUAGUAAACUGUCUGUAUUUACACUUUCAUGUUUUCAGAGUAACAAAAAUCAUAUAAAUGCACACUCAGAAGUCACAGUUGAUGUUAUUUUGUACCUCUUUUCAAUAUAACUUAAUUUUCUUGGUGAAAUUGAUUUUCAAGUAGUGUUUCCCACACUACUUGAUUCUAGAAGAACGUGAGAAGUAUAAUAUAUUACGCAUUAUGGAAUUCAUAAGAACUUUAGUGCCUGUUACAAAUCUGGUUGUAUCAUGUCAAUGAAGAAGUUAUCGGUUCCUUGCUUCUAGCAUACCACCUACCGGUACCUCCACAGUAGCCAGCUGUGUACUGGUUUGUGGAGUUGUUCAUCUAUUUAAAUCACCUUGCACACAAAUCUUGUGUCAGCUUUUAAUAAAGCUACAAGCUGUGUGAUUCUAGGUGGAUAUCAUCAUUUUAAAGGAACAUCACAUCAGUCUUCAGGGUUAAGAAUGGAGGUCAUUAGUUCCUUCAAAAUGGCAGUAGCUGAGAAGACCACAACACUGAUUUUAACCAUGUUAAAUGUAAUCCAUUGUAACUCAAAAUAAAUAAUGGGAUAAUAUUUUCAAACAAAUAAAAUGUUAAGAAAAUAAAUUA